UCACCCGAUUCCAAGCAAACCGGAAGUGUAAAUAAACAUUUCGGGCAAAUAUUCGGAGAAACGUGCCGAUAGCUUCUGUGCAGCUGACUCAAUCCGAAGUGUCGGCUCUUCGGAAACUGCCAACUGACCAGAACAGCUGAAUCAAUCGCCAGUUUGUGGCCUGAAGUGCGAUUAGUGGGUCUGAGUCCGACGCCUUCGAUUCGAAUUAUUCGCUGGCCGAUAGCCCCGCAAUGCAGAACAAACGGAGGCUUCUACGGGAGUACAUUUCCUACGAUGAUCUCAGCGAGCACUUCCGCAUGUUUGGCUCCCAGUCGCUGGACUCCUUGCAGGACCGCGUGGAUAUGAAUCCCAGCGGCAGCGAUGGAGUAUCUACUGACGGCCUCGAUUACUACUCGAGCUGCUCCCAGUCCCAUUCGGGGCUCCUGAGGGAGCACAACUUCAAGGUUAAGUCGUACUACUACAACGUGGGUAACUGUGUGCACUGUAGAAAAAGAAUCCCCUUUGCCAUGGCCAGCUUGCGGUGUCGGGCGUGUCCGCUUCGCUGCCACAUCGCCUGUUGUCGCCAGCUGACGGUGAACUGCAUCCCUCAGCCCCAAAUAACAACGAAGCGCGGCAAUCUCAGCGAUUACGCGCCCCGGGUGGCGCCCAUGGUGCCGGCCUUAAUUGUCCAUUGUGUCACGGAGAUCGAGGCACGGGGACUACAGCAGGAGGGGCUCUAUCGGGUGUCCUCGACGCGGGAGAAAUGCAAGCGGCUGCGCCGGAAGCUGCUGCGUGGCAAGUCCACGCCGCACUUGGGCAACAAGGACACCCACACACUGUGCUGUUGUGUGAAGGAAUUCCUUCGGCUGUUGGUCCAUCCCCUGAUUCCCAUUUACCACCGAAGAGAUUUCCAGGAGGCCACGCGGCUGGCCGAUCCCUUGGCGGUCAGGAUGGCGGUCUACCUGGCGGUCCUGGAGCUGCAGCAGGCCCACCGGGACACGCUGGCCUACCUGAUGCUCCACUGGCAGAGGGUGGCUGAGAGUCCUGCCGUCCGCAUGACGAUUGGCAACCUGGCCGUGAUCUUCGCUCCAACUCUCUUCGGAGACCUUGAUUUGACCCUCGAAAAUGUGGUUAUUUGGCAGCAGGUGCUGAAGGUGUUGCUCCUGUUGCCACCCGAUUUUUGGGCUCAGUUUCUGGAGAUCCAUCCGCUCCCCACUCCUUUGGGCAGUACCUAUGACUUCGAAGAGCGGUACAAUCAGCGACACUGGGAUCACUCAUCCAAUCUGGGAUGGACCUCCGUUAAGACCUACUUUAGAUCUAUGGUAAACCUCAGCAGCACGAACCUAUAGUGUAAGGCAAAUGACUGAUUGUUGAAUUGUGAGCAAGGGAUACCUGUGGCAGGUUUUAUGGUUCAAAGAAUGAUUCACAUCACUUUUGCAUGUUUUUUUUAAACAGUUUCCUUUUUAUUUUGUAAUUAUUUUUAUCGUCUUGAUAG